AUGGAAGGUAAUCUCCCCCAGCAACAGUGUCACCCAGCUUCCACAGCUGUGGAAAAGGAUGACCUGAUUAUCCCAAUCAUCGACUUCGGGCCCUUUCUUAACGGCACCCCCGCCGAUAAGCAUGAGGUCGCCAUGUCCAUCGUAGACGCUUUCAAAUCAUCUGGUUUCCUAUACCUCAAAGACCACGGCAUCCCACCGUCCGUUGUCUCCCGCGUAUUCGGCUCCUCUGGUCGCUUCUUCGGUCGAUCGCAGGAUCAAAAAGAUAGUCUGUGCUGGACUACCCCACAAUCGAACCGUGGAUACGUCAAGACUGGGCAAGAGAAGCUAAGCACGGUCGAUGACGUAGCGGGGACUUCUCAAACCACGUCCGACCUGAAAGAGACAAUGGAGAUAGGCCGGGAAGGUGUGGAUGGCUUUCCGAAUCGGUGGCCCGACCACAUUGAUGAUGAAGGGAAGGACUUCAAGGAGGUGAUGCUGUCAUUUUUCAACAUGUGCAAGUCUCUCCACACGGAGGUCAUGCGGGCUAUUGCACUGGGCAUGAACUUGCCAGAGCACUUCUUCGAUGCCUAUGUGGAUGCGGGCGACAAUAACCUUCGCCUGCUGCAUUAUCCUUCAGUGCCUAAGGAGGUCUUCAAACAAAAUCCGGGACAGGUUCGAGCUGGUGAACAUAGCGAUUAUGGCUCCAUCACCCUUCUCUUUCAAGAUAGCCGCGGGGGACUGCAGGUUCGUAGUCCCAAGGGCACUUUUGUGGAUGUAACACCCAUCGCAGACACCGUGGUUAUUAAUGCUGGCGAUUUGCUGGCCCGGUGGUCCAACGACAUCAUCAAAAGUACCCGACACCGAGUUGUCGAGCCGCCGACAGCAGUCGGGGAGGAAGAGAACGAUUCUGUUAGCUACCCUGAUCGCUACAGUAUCGCAUAUUUCUGCAAUCCCAACAUGAACCAGUUCAUUGAAGCCAUUCCUGGGACCUUCGAAGAGGAGACCCGCCCUGCAAAGUACCCUGGGAUUACUACGGGCGAUUAUCUGGUGCAACGACUGACAGCGACCAUAAAGAUGCUCCAGGGUUGA